GGCCGGGUAGGAUUUCCGGGAGAAACUGCUGUGGAGACCAGGUAGGCGGCGGCGGUGGCGACCUAGAAUUUAUACUCCACCUUUCUAAACUGGUUAAUAGUGGCAUGGAAAAUACAUUUGAAGAAGCAGGCCAGUCCACUGCAGACCCAAGCAUGAUCAUGGACAGUGUGGAAGCAGGAGACACAACACCUCCCACCAAAAGGAAGAGCAAGUUCUCAGGCUUUGGCAAGAUCUUCAAACCCUGGAAGUGGCGGAAAAAAAAAAGCAGUGAUAAAUUUAAAGAGACAUCAGAAGUUUUAGAGCGAAAGAUAUCUAUGCGAAAACCAAGAGAAGAGCUGAUUAAAAGAGGAGUUCUGGUGGAAGACCCUGAGCAGGGUGACGAGGAUCCAGGGAAGUUGAGCCAUGCCAUGUUAAAGAAUGGCCAUACCACCCCCAUUGGGGGUGCCAGAUCUGCUAGUCCAGACCAAGUGGAGGAAGAGCCAGGAAGAAUAGCAAGUCUCAGGAAACUUGUUCCAGAAGAGAACCCGAAGAAGCAACUAGGCUCAACUGGAAGCCAGCCUAAUUCUGAAGCAGACUCUGUUCCUGAGAAUGCACCCAAGCUUCCCCCAAAACGACCCUUGUCCUCUUCUUACGAAGCACGUGAAGGGCAAACAAAGGAUGCCACUUCCUCCGUCAGCACUACAAGGUCCAUCUCCUCCACCUCUGCCUCCACCACCACAGUGCCUGCUGCCACCACUGCUGCCACAAACCCAGCAAAGACUGUUAGUUCCUCUGCCACCCCUUUGCCAGCACCCAGGACUCUGCCUGUUGCUCCUGCCAGCACUAACACUACUGCUACCCCGAGCCUGACUCAUACGGUCCCUGCCAAGCAGCCCCCUGUCCCUCCCCCUAAACCAGCUCAAAGAAAUAGCAACCCUGUCAUUGCUGAACUGUCCCAGGCAAUAAGCAGUGGCACAUUAUCAAAGCGAUCCCCACCCUUACCACCUAAGAGAGGCAUUCCAUCAACCUUGGUACCCACCUCAGAGUCUGCUUCUGUUGCCAUCACAAAAACACCAGGUGAUCAAAGAGAGAAGAGUACGUGCUCUGUGGGUUCCGCACCGCUGCUGAUGAUCUCACCUCCUCCAUCCCCCACACUACCUACUCAUGUACCUCCAGAGCCCCCACGGUCCCCUCCAGUUCCAUCCAAGACUUUUCAAGUUGUGCCAGAAAUUGAGUUUCCACCUUCCGUAGAACUACCCCAGGAGGUUCCCCAGCAGGAAGAUCAGAAAAAGGAAGUACCCAAGAGGAUGUUGGAGCAUAGCUUUGGGGAGCCUCAUGUACCCUCUAGGCUGCCCCCACUCCCACUGCAUAUUCGAAUCCAGCAGGCCCUAACCAGCCCACUGAUCAUGACGCCUCCCUUGGAGGGCUCUCACAGAGCCCAUUCAUUGCUGUUCGAGAACAGUGGCAACUUUUCUGAGGACAGCAGUACCCUGGGUCGGACCAGGUCACUUCCCAUCACUAUUGAAAUGCUGAAAGUUCCAGACGAUGAAGAAGAAGAGGAUCAAAGCCACCCGUCCGCAUUCAGUGAAGACAUAGCACCUACCUCAGUCAUUCCUAAACUACCACAGUGUCUGCAGGAGGAAGAGGAAGAGAAGGAGAGUGACUCUGAUUCAGAGGGUCCCAUUCGGUACCGAGAUGAGGAGGAUGAAGAUGAAAGCCAACACAGUGCUCUGGCCAACAAAGUGAAGAGGAAAGACACACUGGCAAUGAAGUUGAACCACAGACCCAGUGAACCAGAAUUGAACCUGAAUUCAUUGCCCCGAAAAAGCAAAGAGGAGUGGAAUGAAAUACGGCACCAAAUUGGGAACACAUUGAUCCGUCGACUGAGUCAAAGACCAACACUAGAAGAACUAGAACAACGAAAUAUACUACAACCUAAAAAUGAAGCUGAUCGUCAGGCAGAAAAACGAGAGAUUAAACGUCGUCUCACUAGAAAGCUCAGUCAAAGGCCAACUGUGGCCGAACUACUGGCCAGGAAGAUUCUGAGGUUUAAUGAAUAUGUUGAGGUAACAGAUGCUCAAGAUUAUGACCGGCGAGCUGACAAACCUUGGACCAAACUGACCCCUGCUGAUAAGGCUGCCAUAAGAAAAGAAUUAAAUGAAUUUAAAAGCUCAGAAAUGGAGGUUCAUGAAGAAAGCAAACAUUUUACACGCUACCAUCGUCCGUGAUGCUGAAAUUUCAGAGAACUGAGUGACAGCCCCCAAAACAGGCUGCUUUGCUGCUUCAUCCUCCAGAGUAACAUAGACAGGGAACUUAAGUGCUUCCCAGCCCAGCCAAAAUUGGGCCCUCUGGGGUGUAGUUCUGUGGUGAACAGCACUUCUAUGAAUGUAGCAUUUCACUGGAAUGGAUUCUCAUGGGCUGCCCCUGGGUACAACUGAACACUUUGUCCGUGCUUUUCAAUUUUUUAAUAUUGCAGCAUACUUGAGGGGGUCUUCUCUCACCAGCCACCAAAGUUCUAGGCCACCUGCAGGUUCCAAGUUUUAUUGGCUGCACCACACCUCGCCCCAGGAUGACUUGCCUGUGCCAAGGCACAGUUUGCACCAUUGGCCUUACCUGCCGCACCCUGAUUGUGAGACCCACUUGUGUAGGCACUAAGUUCCUGCCAUCAAUUCCAGUUGACAGUGGAGAAGACCUUUUUUUGGGGGCCCCAAUCUUCCGGCAAAGGGGCUCCCACCUCCAGGGGAAGCAUGUCAGUUGAAAAGCAUUGCACUGUACCUCUUAGAGGGAGCCCUGGUGGUACAAUGGUUAAGCGCUGAGCUGCUAAUUAAAAAGUUGGCAGUUUGAACCCACCAGCAGGAGAAAAAUGUGGCAGUCUGCUUCUGUAAAGAUUUAUAGCCUUGGAAAAUCCUAUGGGGCAGUUCUCCUCUGUCCUAUAGGGUCAUUAUGAGUCAGAAUUUGACUAACAGCAGUGAGUGGAUACCUCUUAUAACAUAGCAAUAUAUUCCUCUUUAGGUACUCAGAGGAAGCUCAGGAUUCAGCAUGUUCCCCCUUUUUGGCAUAAGCCACCCUAAUUUUUUACAAAAAUUUAUCAUAAAGAAGUAAUGGAAACUUAUGUACUUUUUGUCUGUCAAAGAAUCUGAGCUGUAACCAGACCAAGUUUGUAGAAUGAGAAAGUAUGUGUAUUUUCUAUGUACAAAAACAAAACUAAAAAAGCCUUCAUAAUAAUGCCAACUUGGCAGAAAACUGACUUGUGGCUUAAAUUUUGUAGGCUAUUGUACUUUAUUUAUACCAAAUGAUAUUCUGGAUCACUUUUGGCCAAUACAUGUAUCCUCCUCCAUAAAGCAGCGUUGUAGCAACUCUGUGAGCACUUGUGUGUUGUUGGCCCCCACACCUCCAGAAUCACAAAAAGGACCUAAAGGGUGUGGGGUGCUGGACAGGAAAAGGUCUUUGAAGAAGCAACAAGAGGGGCCCAAUCAUGACCCACUGCUCCUCUCUUCUUCUUCUCAGUGCCGUUUGCCCUCUCCUGCUGCACUCUCCCUCUUAACUCCAAACACUGAUCCUUCCGCUGACUCUCUGGCAGCUUCCACCUCACUCGUCUCGUCCUUCCUCUUCCAGGCUCUAGCCAGUGUCGUUGGUGCCUGGACAUUGGGUCAGCGCCUCCCUCCUUUUGUAUUUGUAAUAUAUAUUAAUACUGUUUCCUAAAACACAAGAUUCGUUUGCUUUGUUUGAUUUUUAUUGAAAACCAUACAGCCUCACUAUUUCAAUUCCUAUCCACACUAAGUGGAGGAAAAAAAUAGUUUCUAUUUAAUUGAUGAAUGUAGCUUUUUUUUUUUUUUCACUUUAAUGUUCAGGAAAUUGUGACUUUCAUAGAUUUCUUCUGAUUUAUUCUGCAGUCCUUGCCUUUUGUUCUGUUUGAAAUCCAUCACUAGAUUUUUCUCUUUUGAUAAGAUUUGCUGAAGGAUCAAAAUAUCAGAUCAAAACAAAAAAGCCGAAGUGACCUUAAAAGGCAGUGUCUCUUCUCAGUAAAGUAAAAGGGAUAUUUGGAUUUCUCGGUUCUGUCCAAUGUUUUUUGACUGUGGAGAUAGACUGGGUCCACAUCUCCUUGGAGCUGGCUAACAUUUAGGAUAACUGAAGGAAGAUAAGUGAAGAUUCUACUGAAGUGUGUUAUUGGUCUAUAUGUAAGGUGGCCACACAUUAACUGCUAACUUGCCUUCUUCUGACCAUAUUCGUUGGUUUGUAAACUUAACUGGCUUAUGCCAGCAUCUUUGUGGUUUGAGAUGACGUUUCGAAAGCCUUCUCUUAGAAAACUGUCUUUCUUUUCCUGAAUGUGCCAAGCUUGAUGCAGGAUUUGCCUGCCUUCUAUGUGCCACCAAGGGGUCCAGUUCAUCUUUCAUCUCGUUCAUGUUCUUUUGAAGCAAGAUACUUGCAGGGGGUGGAGGGUGUCAAGUCUUUCUAGGUGUUUUGGUUUUGUUUUUUUAAAUAAAAUCUAUUUUGUCUUCUUUCCCUGUAAUUACUAAUUCACAAUCAUAAUGUAAAGAAGAAAUAAAAGCCUGGUGUAUUGUACUUCAAGAUACUUCCCUGAUGUACAGAAUCUCCUUGUAAAAUAAAUAAUUGCAUUGUAUAUCAGUCUUCAUAUCAAUAUUAAUUAUUAAAGUAUUUUAGAAUUUAAAAAAAAAACUAUACUAUUCUUGUGUGAGAUUUUUUUUGUUUUACGUCGUACCCUAUAAAGAUUUAAGCCAUCUUAAAAAGGAUACCUAAAAUAAUUGCAUGAGACGCUAAAUGAGAAGUCAAUGAGGGAAAAGUGUAAUAGUAAGGACAUUAAAUGUAGCCAGAGAUAAAGGUCAGUCAUGUUUGUGUCUGUGCACGUUUUAAAAAAAAAAUAGGCUGAAGAGAGGAGAGCCAACUGAGUGCCAGGCUAUGUACCAGGUACUGCACUCGUGCUUUAUCCCAUUUAGCCGACACCUAGCCUGUGAGGUAAGUGGUAGUAUAUUCAUGUACCAGUGAAGAACCUGAGAAGUGACCUGAAGUCACUUCCCCAAGGUCAAAGCAAAUCAUGUAACCACCAUUUGCAUAUAUUUAAAGGCAAGCAAGCAGUUGCUACCCAAUCUAUUAUCUCUACAAGGAUUUACCAAGUAUGGACCACAUAUAAGUGGACCUUAGGCUGACAUCACAAGACAGCUGGUACUUCAUGCACUUCUCUCUGGCAACCAGCCCAGUUUCAAUCCAGGUGGUGUCAGCAAUGACUCACUUUCUGUUUGUCACUUCAGAGAGUGGCCUUGUUUAACACACCACCUUUUACCAAGGGUUAAAAGAAACCAUGAGUCAAAAAUGCUCAUGUCCUUGGGUUCUACCUGCUUCCAGGUUUUCCUUCUAGUAGCCCUCAAACAGCCCUCAAAUUGCUAUUUCUUUUUUUGCUUUUGUUGCUGUUGUUUGUUUUUAAUAUUACUGUGUUUUUGGUGAGAGUUUACACAGCAAAUUCGGUUUCCAUUUAACAAUUUCUACACAAAUUAUUCAGUGACGUUGAUUACAUUUUUCAUAAUAUGUCAACAUUCUUAUUCCGUUCUGAUUGUCACGAGUUCUUUUUUUUCCUUCUAAAUUUUAUUUUGUUGUUGAGAAUAUACACAGCAAAACAUCCAUCAGUUCAACAGUUUCUACAUGUACAAUUUAGUGACAUCAAUUACAU